UGCCAGAAUUGAUUGGGGGGACAGUGAAGGUGUUAGUAAUGAGGAGAUUGAAGCAGAUGACAGUGAAGAUGAGGACUAUGUCCCUCGUAUUUGUAUUCGCAACCACAGCAGAUUCUUACCAAGAGUUCCUUGAGCUGUGGCUUGGUCUCCUACAUCAUGUGACAAAUGAACACAGGUGGGUCCUGGGAAGCUGCCAGCAUGCAGACUUAGAAUCUGGUGGAACUCAACAGUGGCUUGAGCGAGGCUCCAUGGCACAUGAGGCCCUGAAGAGCAUCGUUAGAAACAAGCGGUGGCUUAAUGAGGUCCACAAAUAUCUAAAUUUUAGGUCCACUGCUGAUCUGGAGUCCUUCCAGAACUAUAUUUUAAUGUACGCUAGCAAGCGCACAGCAUUUAGCCCUCCUGUCUUUGAGGCCAGGAUGCUCCUUGCAGCGAUGGACUAUAAUUACCACAAGGACCACCCAGAGUUGUGUAAAUCUGAUGGAAGCAAACAGUACAGGAGGCUGUACAAGAAGAAUGCUCGCAGGUAUAUGCUAUACACUCGGAAGACAUCCAAGACGUAUGGCUACAUUCCAGAACUGAAAGCUAUGAUCCUUCAAAAGAGAUUAGCUGGUAAGGGGAUGCCCAGACGGAGGACACUACGACCUGAUGACCCCAGAAGGUACGGCCCACUUCCCCCUGUGCCGGCACCAACCAUUGAGGAACUCCUGCACACCCAAGUCAGGAGAGGUCUUGUGUCAACAUUCCAGACUAAAGACCUGUAAAGCCCAGUUUCCAGAGCCUCACAACCCUGACCAUCUUCAUGGCCAUGUAAACUUUUGUGUCACAAGCUGCUUAUCAACAAUUUCAGACUAAAUGUUUAAACAGUACAGAGCAGCUGAG